AUGGGUUCAGAUGUUAGCAAGGAGAAGUCCAUUAAGCCUGAGAUAGCUAAACAAGAACGGGUAGUCAGAAAGUUAGACGGGCGUGCGGAAAAAGCAUUCAAAACUGUGGCCAAAGGACGUCAGUUUCUUAAAAUUACAGAUCUCACGGUUAGUUGGCCUUUACCAGUUUCGUAUUCUGUCUUUCCACAAGUUCCUUGCUAA